GUCUCCCUCUCCCAUCAGAAGCUCUAUUUUGGUUCGUCAAAGAUGAUCCUGACAUUACUGUAGCAUUUUUUAUGUCACAAAACAAAAUUCCUUUAUUUUCAUUUUGUUCAAAUAUGGAGAGCUGUGGCUUUAUAUAUGGCGCUUCCAAUUUCUACUCUCCACUCUCCCCUGCCUCUCCAAUGCCUUUUCUCUCCAUCGCCCACAACAAUGAAAACUGGGGCUCCACCUCCUCCGACUCCGGCGCCGAUCAUCUCAUCGAUCUCAACGCCGCCGUUGAAUCCGACGAUCAGGUCUCCUCCGACAUGCAUUCCCACGGCAAGGCCAAGCUCUGCGCCAGAGGCCAUUGGCGCCCUGCCGAGGACACCAAACUGAAGGAGCUGGUCGCCCUCUACGGCCCCCAAAAUUGGAAUCUCAUCGCCGACAAGUUGGACGGAAGAUCUGGGAAAAGCUGCAGGCUGCGGUGGUUCAACCAGCUGGACCCGAGGAUAAACCGGCGGGCGUUCACGGAGGAGGAGGAGGAGAGGCUGAUGGCGGCGCACAGAAUGUACGGAAACAAAUGGGCGAUGAUUGCGCGCUUGUUUCCGGGGAGAACCGACAACGCGGUCAAGAAUCAUUGGCAUGUCAUCAUGGCUAGGAAAUACAGAGAGCAAUCCACCGCCCACCGCCGCCGCAAAAUGGGGCAAUUCGUCUUCAAAAGGGUCGACGACGACUGGGCCCCACACUCAUCUCUUUCUUUCUUUCAAGGCGGUGAGGGGAUGCAGAGGACACACAAAUUGGAGGAGGGGAAUGUUUACUACCAAGUGUCACAGACGGCGGAGAGGGAGAGGGAGAGGGAGGCGGCGUUUAUAGACUUUCUUGGUGUUGGGGGUUUGUGAGACCACACAAUUUGUCACUUCUUCACUCGGGUUUUUGGAUGAAACAUCAUUUUCUUCAGAUGUUCAAAUGCCUCUCCUCUAUAAACUAUAUUACUCCCUAUUGUCUUCUCACUUUUCUCUCUCCUCUCUCUCAAGAUUUAACUUCGAUUAAGAUUGUUGUGUUGGCAAUUGGCAUGACCUUCUACGAACCGUUACUACUGUAGUUCAAUGCGCUUUUAUGGUUUUCCCGUCCACCAUUUUAUUUUUUUCGUAUUAA